UCCCAACCAUCUCUAGGCUAAACCCUUCGGUACCAGGAGCGGAUCCGCACGCAUCUCCCGCUCUGUCUGCCUGCCCGUCUCGCCCCUGCCACCCUCCGCACCCCUCCUCGGCUCCUUUGCCACUCCGGGAGGGGUGGGAGGAGGAACUGCACUUUCUUUUUGUGCGUGUGAGCGCACCUUUUUCCUCACCGACGUCCUCUCUCGCAGCCUUUUCCAACCCCGCGCCGAGAUUUUUGUGUAUUUGUUUUCUUUUCCACGCUCGCAGUUCUUUCUUUCUUCUCACCCGAGCGAUGCAGGAGGAGUUGGGAAGCUCGGGGACGGAUGGGGGGUUCGCUUAUCCAUUUUUCCCCCGUCGCCAGCUCUUGAAGGACCAGCAGAAAAACUAAGCCAAACAUUUAUUUUCCGACCGGCUCUCCCCCCCGCCUCCCGCCGCUCUCCGCCGGACCAGCGAAUUAACAAAACCCCACGUUACACCAAAAAAAAAAAAAAAAAAAAAAAAAAAAAAAAAAAAGGGGGGGAAAAAACCCUAAAACCCUAAAACCACCAAAACAAAAAGCAGAGGGGAGAAGAAGGAGGGUGCAAAGCAUUGUCACCCCGACCCGCGGCGGGCACCGGGCCGGGCACCGGCGGAACAAAGCCGGCACCGGGCUCCGGGAGGAGAGGCCGGGGGGCGGGGGAGAGGGAGCAGCCCCGGCUGGUGCUAUCUCCGCAUCCCUUUUGUUAUUGAUCGCCAGGACGAAGAGCCGGGGAGACGGCACUUUCCAGCGCAAUUUAAUUUUUUUUAAUUUUUUUUUCCCCCCCCAAAACGCGACUCGCAGCUUUUGCCGGCGUAUCGUAGCCCGCUGCCCCGAAUUAACGGGCGGAGGAGGACUUUGAUGGGGAAAAGCUUUUUCCUCCCCGAUGCAUCGUAAGUAACUUAAGUUGUUAUUUAUACUCCGCAAAACAAGCACGGCGAUAACAUCUCCCAUCUCUGGAGCGCUGGAGGCCGCGGCGAGGGAUGAGAGCUGCCCUUCCCCAUCCGAGCAGGACACUUUUCCGCUCGUAAUUCAUUUGAUUUGAUUUUGAUUUUUUAAUUUUUCCAUGCUCCGCUCCCGGAGGGUCAUUUGAACUGUAAAGGAAUCGCCGAGGGGGCGAGGGGACCCGGAGACAGCGGCUGUGCAAACGACUCCACCGAGGCUCCUCCGCCCCCUCCACGAUGAUGCUCAGCCCGGACCAAGCGGCCGACUCCGACCACCCCUCGUCGGCGCCCUCCGACCCCGAGUCCCUGGGGGGCGCGGACCCCCGGGCGCUGGGCUGCUGCGCCUCCGACCCGGAGCCGGCCGAGGGCGGCGGGGGCGGCGGCGGCGGCGGGGGCGGCGGGGAGGGUCGUGCCGGGGGCCGGCCGGGGCUGCACCCCCCGCCGCUCAGCCGGGAGGAGAAACGGCGCCGUCGUCGAGCCACGGCCAAGUACCGCUCGGCCCACGCCACGAGGGAGCGGAUCCGCGUGGAGGCCUUCAACCUGGCCUUCGCCGAGCUGCGCAAGCUGCUGCCCACGCUGCCGCCCGACAAGAAGCUCUCCAAGAUCGAGAUCCUGCGCCUGGCCAUCUGCUACAUCUCCUAUCUCAACCACGUCCUGGACGUGUAGCCCCCGCACGCCCGCCCCGACGGCCCCGCGGAGGCCGCAUCGGGACGCGCCGCGCACCGGGAGCCCGGCCCCGAGCGCACCCGGCCGGCUGCGGGGCCGGGCGCUGCCGGUGCCGGGCUCGGGGAGCUUUCCCCGCACCUCUGCUCCAGACGCUGAGCCCCGGCGGCGCGGAACGGCCGCGUUUUUCGGCAGAGAGGUGCUGAAACCAGAUUGUCUCUUCAGGCUGUCAAGUGCCCCUUUAUAUAUAUCCAAAAACAUCUACUUGUGACCUUAAACGUGUGACCCAUGGGUGCAGUUAAAAAUAACUAUUUUUUAUUUAUGGUAGAAGGAGUGGACAAUUUAUUUUUUUCAAGACUUAUUUAUUUUUCAGAGUGGUGGCAAUUUUACUUUGGAUACUUUGUGCCAAUUGUUUUCUAUAGUCGCGUGUUUACACUUUCUCCUGUGGAAUAUUACGUUUAACUUUAUAAGUGUUUGUUGGGAUCAAUACAGUGUUCCUUUUUCUUUUCUUUUCCUCUUUUUUUUUUUCUUUUCCGAUUAUAUUGCACUUGUGUAUGACAGACCUUCCCUUCCUCCCUGUUUACAAGUAUAUUUUAUAUAUAUCAAGACAUUUGCUCUUGAACUCUUUUCUUUCUUCCCUUCCUUCCUCCCUUCUUUCUUCCUUCCUUUUCUCUUUCUUUCUUUCCUUCCUUCCUUCUUUCUUUCUAUUUUAUUAUUAUUAUUUUUUGUGCGUGUGUGUGGGAUCAACAACCACUAGCACUUAACUAGAAGAGUUUUUUUUUUAAAACUUGUUGUUAUUCUGAUCUAUAGUUAUGUCUGAAAAGUACUUUGCAAAUCGUUUAUAAGGGAAGUAGUUUUUUUGUGGGUGUAUAUGUGCGUGUGUGCAUACCUGUAUGUGUGUGGGGUUGAGCGUGGGUGUGUAUGUGUGCGGUAUAUUUUUAGGAAAGGACAUUUUUCCUAAAAAAAAAAAAAAAAGGAAGAAGAAGAUGAAGAAGAAGUAAAUCCAGGACUGCUUUCCUUUGUGACAACCAAAAAAUUCUAUAACCUGAAAAUGUUUCAUGUUCUUUGCUGUGAAUCUCUUAAAACAAGAAGCGCAUUUUGGGGACGAGAAAGAAAAAGAAAAAAAAAAAACACAUCUGCUAUCCAAAGAUUUUAGUCUUUUUCAGGGUUUUUUUGUGUGUCUCUGUUGCUUUAUAUAAUGCAAUAUUUUGUAGUGAAAAUAGAUAAAUCUGGUUUCUAUCUGAUGCGUUUUUCAUAUCUCUCAUGAAUGGUGAGCUGUUUUGCAUAUAAAUAAAAGUAUCAAAUAAAAGCUGUUUUUUCCUAAU